AUGUCUACUACGUACCUACGUACCUCUCCAGCGCCCAACCAGAGCUACCUAUCAACGGCUACCUACGAGAAGACAGACCCCUCGGAGAUGAAGAGGCAAAUUCGCCUUCUGCUUUUCGGCUUGUGCGUUAUCAUCGCUGCUUCUACCUUGGUCGGAGGUGUGUAUUCGCUGCUCUCACUCCUCCGGUUGAGGAGAAAAAGCUCCCUGUGUCUUAUCGUGGCUUCUAUGUCAGUGGACGACCUCCUCAGUGUGGUCCCUCUCUCCUUGUUCAUGCUCCUGCAGUGGGAGAGAGAUGGAGGUGGAUGGUCGGGCAGCCUGUGCACUUUAUCUGGACUUCUGUACGUGUUCCAGGGUGUUUCUAGCAAUAUGAAGGCAUGCCUAAUAGUAGUUUACACUUUUUAUGUCACCAAGAGAUUUGGAGUGCUCCAAUCUGUCCGCCGGCCACGAAGAAUGAUGUGGGCCAUUGCCGGUGUGUGGGCGGUCAGCCUCGCCGUAAGUGUGUUACCUUUGUGCGGUUGGGGAAGCUUUUCGCUGGCCUCUCUCGGGUGUUUCCCAGAGAGCGAUAGUUUUUACACCCUGGUGUUGUUCUCUUUAUAUUUUAUGUGUUUUUGCGGCUUGUUAUUUUUCUUUACCCCCCUCACCUAUCAGCUGCUGUGCUCCAGGGAGCCCCAGAGGACUUUACUGUACCCCAGUUAUUCGGAGAUGGCGAGGGGUCUGGGUGGCUCUGCCCCCCUUUGUGACCUUCCUUCUUUUUCUCGGGACAGCCUAAACAAAAGUUUCGGGGCCUACAACGAGCUGAGCCCGAGUUCAUGCGGGACGAAGAUCGGGGACAAAGAAGACAGUGGUUUGUCCCCAGUGUCUGUCAGCGGGCAGAGGACAGCUGCUAUCGGGGAUACACCAGUGGUGUUUGCACAAAAGCGCUUCUCCAUGAUCCUUGCGGUUGUCCGAGUUAUUUUAUGGAUGCCAAUGAUGACUUUGGUGCUUGUGCGCCACGCAGUAAAUUCACGCAGCUCUUCCCUGGAGACUCUGAGCUUCUUUCUUACUCUGCUUGCCCCUGUGGUCACUCCAUUAUUCGUGCUGUCUGAGCGCUGGAUCCACAUGCCAUGUGGGUGCUUCAUUAACUGCAAACAGGAUCAAAAGCAGGAACCCUCAGUGAUGAAAAGAAGAUUUGAGUUCAACCUUUCCUUCCGACAAGGCUAUGGAGUCUACAGGUUGUCACAUGCCACUAUGCCUCGUAACAGUCCACCUCUUGAGAAGCCUGACUUUCACAGCUUUUUUAACUCUGACUUCCCUAAUACCCGCCUUGAGACACUAGAAAGCGGCGGGCUCCUCAGCCUCGGGCCUGAUUUUGAUUUCAGCACCACAUUCCCUGUGGACAGCUCCUCUCAAGCAGACCUUCCAUUGAGAGCGGUGGCCGGAGGAGGAGCGGCGCUGACUGAUUGUCUUUCACUUCCUCAUGAAAACCACGGAGAUGAUGACGACCGCUGUGUCCCUUCGCAUCACAAGGAGCAGGAUCACAAUCUCACUGAUACGUCAUCUGUAUUCGAGGGCCCAGAGAGGAGGCUGUCGCAUGAGGAGUGUCGGAAAAUCGAGCUGACAGACUGGGAGUGGUGCAGGAGUAAAUCAGAGAGAACACCAAGACAGCGGUCAUCAGGUGGUCUAUCAAUACCCCUGUGUGCCUUUCAGGGCACUGUAUCUCUGCAAGCACCCACUGGGAAGACCCUCUCUCUUUCAACCUAUGAAGUCAGCAGUGACGGACUCAAAAUCUUCCCCGACAAUGCCAGGAAGGUGGAGGUGUAUCGCUCCAAAUCAGUUGGCCACGAGCCCAGUGCAGACGACUCAUCAUCAGGAGGCAAGGCUGGAGACGUGAAUGUCAGCAGUGUAGGAAUGGGCAUGGAGAUCGGACUGGGGAUGGGCAUCGGAUCUGGUGUGGGGGACACCAACGUGAAGAUCCACCUUGAGGUGCUAGAGAUUUGUGACAAUGAGGAGGCCAUGGACAGUGUCUCCAUCAUCUCCAACAUCAGCCAGUCCUCUACCCACACCCGCUCGCCGUCACUGCGCUACUCACGAAGGGAGAACCGCUUUGUGUCUUGCGACCUUGGUGAGACGGCUUCUUACUCUCUGCUCAUUCCCAGCAGUGGGAACCCGGAGGCAGAAACCAUCAAUAUCAACAUACCUGACACUGUAGAGGCUCACCGGCAGAACAGCCGGCGGCAGACACAGGAGUGCUCAGGGUACCAUGAGGAGAUACAGCUGCUCAAUGAGGCCUACAGGAAGCAAGAUGGGGAGAGGGAAGAGUGACGGAGAUAUCCAGGAUAACAAGAAGCAUCUCCUAGGAGCAGGUUGAAAGAGCACCUCUGACAGCAAAAAAAUGAAAGACUAAUUUCCUUAUCAUUCCACAUUUAUGUCAUUAUAUAUAAACCUGAGAGGUGACAAAGAUAGACUUUAUCCGUUUUUCUCAUAAAAUGUGCAUAUUGUCAGGAGUUUCCCUUUCACACAUGUAACACUCAACAGGAGAUUAUCCAUAUCAGGACUGUGUCACUGAAAGAAGUACGUUGGCCUGGGUAGAGUGUGCAGGAGGCCAGAGAAAUAACAGACAGAUUACACCUCGUUCAAAAAGAUGAUUUGUAAUUUGUCGCAAUUUGUCAGAAACUUCCUGCAACACAGAGCUCCCUGAAUCUCCUUGUAUUUCCAGUUCCUCCAAUUUAAAGCCAGCCACGAAAAGAAACACUCCGCCUUGCUGUCCGUGAAUGGUACAAUGAGCAGCUCUAAUAACACAUGGACUCAAAGCAGACAAUACACAGGGUCUGCUCUUGGGAGCUGGCAGGUUAAAGUCUGUGUAAUGUGUGAUCCAAGCAAUUUGGCUUUUGUAUUCUCACAUACAGCUCCUCUGGGUAGGGUCUAGAUAAUUUCAGGGUUGCAGCGCAUGUGUGAAAGGGACUUUAGCUAAAGGCUUGUAUUACAGUCAGCUUGCUUAUUCUUGUACUUUAGCUUUAGAUAACAUCACAAGAGCUAAUGCAUCACCUGUCUGUAGAGUAAAUAAAAACAGAUAAUUCUUCAAAGGAAGAUUAAAAAAAAUAAGGUAGGAGAUAUCAACAGUGUUUCAGCAGAGCAUUUCUUGUUUCACCAUAUAGCAGCCUGCAUCUCACCUAAAAUGGAUACAGGAAGAGAGAAAUUCAAUUCAGACGAGAAAAAGGCGGUGCCACGGUCUAGUAACAAGUCUGAUAUGAAGCCACUCUUGCAGGUGACGUCAUUGGUGAUUCAGCCAUGAGGGGAAGGGUCACCUGACCCAUGUGUCUGACUCAUCUCAGUGUGUGUUGUUGUGCAUUGUUGUGUGUAAGAAGUAGCCUUGCCCAUAACAAUGAGGCUGUUAGAAUAUGGUUUGGGAUGUCAUCUAAAAGUAUCCACAUGUUUUUUUCUUACAAAUGUUUUUAUUCUGCAUCAUUUGAUCUGAUCUAUGGUGUGUUUUCCUUUGAGUCCAAGUGAAUGUCCAUGCAUUUAGAAAAAUAAUGCUGCUAAUGUUGCUACUAUCAAAUGGGAGGGACUACUAUACCUCUUAAGUUGAAAAAGUAUAGUACAGGCCAAGUAUUUGAGUGAAAAUGCAAGUGAUUAUUGGAGAAGCGGCCAAGAGGAUACUCAUGCAGUUUUUUGCCUAAUGCACGUUUGGUGAGAUUUAAAUGUGUCACAGUGUGUAUUUUCUUACUACAGUAGGCACUAGGCAGCAUAUGAAUGUAUAAUUUGAGAGCCACUUUGGGGACAAUUUCCCUACAACUGCUCGGUUCACUGCCUAUCCAAUCAGUGAGAAAACAUGGUCUAUACAUUUCUACAUGCAUACAUUCUGGACUAAAAGACAAUUUCUAUAUAUAUUAUAUAUUUCAGUACUGUUUUUGGUAACCUUGAAUUUAAACAUCACAAGCAUAAACAGUUUAAUGUUAAUCCACAGCUUUAAUAUCAGUAUAUCCAUUACUUAAAGGCACAUUUACAUGUACAGGUGUGUAAGCAGUAACAUGGUACACAAGUAUUUCACUGAAAAGUACAUAUUUAUUUUAUUCUGUUUUCAUUUAUAUGUAAGCCGUUUGGUUGCUUGCCUUUUGAAACAUUGGCACUUUGUGCUUCAUUUGUAGGCUUUUGAACUGUCCUUUUGCAAAUCCACUUCAUCAGCUGCAGCAUUUCCAGCCUCCUGAAGAAUGUUUUCAUUAAAGAUUCAUACCAGAAAAUUGCCUUCAACUGGAUUGCAAUGCAUUUCUAUUUUGAGCGCUAGCCGGCAAAAUGUAGAAAGAAAAUAACGUACGAAUCAUAAUGAAAGUAAAGUUGUAUUUAAUGUCAACAAUUUGAGCUGUUAAUGGUAGCUUCAUCUCCACAGCCUAA